GCAUGUCGAUAAAUGCCAAAACUCACGUAAAUAUUUACUGGUUUGGGUAAAUUUGAUUAAAAAAUUCUAUAUUUUAUAAUUGCUGAGAUAUAUUUUGUUAUUCGUACAUCAACAAACAAAUAACCUUAAAAUUAUGGCACGUAAUAUACCAGAGAGAUGGCUAAACUAUAAACCUAUCGGAAAGCGGAUAGAGGGAACACGUUUCAUUGCAUUUAAGGUUCCGCUGCGCGAGUGUAUUAAUGAAGGCGUGCAUGAAGAGCAGCGACUCGAUGCCAAUAUUUUAAUGACGACAAUACCUAAUUUGGGUAUGAUUAUCGAUCUGACUAAUACCACGAGGUAUUAUAAUCCUCAUAGUUUAAUAAAAAGGGGUUUAGAGUAUAGUAAACUAAUGAUUCCUGGCCAUCAUACGCCGCCGCCCAAUUUGGUUAACCAGUUCAAAAAACUGGUGAUGACUUUUUUAAAAAAUAACGCCCGCAAUGACAAACUAAUUGGUGUUCACUGUACGCAUGGAGUCAACCGCACGGGGUAUCUUAUAUGCAACUACAUGAUUUCCGAAUUAAAUGCGAAGCCGGAAGAGGCGAUAGAUAAAUUCAACGUUGCGCGUGGCCACAAAAUCGAGCGUACAAACUAUUUAGACUCUCUUUAUGAUUUAGCGAAAAGAAAACAAGGCAACAAUAGCCAGAAACGUGAUCACAAAGAUAAUUCGAUCGAGAAAAACGUACAACACAAACGCUUUAAUAAAAUGCCCCGCCAAGCACCAAUACCGUUGCGUGCACCGCUGGACCCAGUAGUGCUGCCAUCACCAAAAGUGUACGAUAGACGUAAUCGCUUUGAGCCCAGCCAAGGACCAGUGCCGUUGCGUGCACCACCGAACCCAGUUGUGCUGCCAUCACCAAAAGUCUACGAUAGACGUAAUCGCUUUGAGCCCAGCCAAGGACCAGUGCCGUUGCGUGCACCACCGAACCCAGUAGUGCUGCCAUCACCAAAAGUCUUCGAUAGACGUAAUCGCUUUGAGCCCAGCCAAGGACCAGUGCCGUUGCGUGCACCACCGAACCCAGUAGUGCUGCCAUCACCAAAAGUCUUCGAUAGACGUAAUCGCUUUGACCGUUUUCGACAGGAAGCAAAUACGCACAGUCAACGUUAUUCAAGUGCAGAGACAGCUGCAACUUCACCACCAACACGCCAAUACAGAACAGCACCGAGCAAUGAUACCAAUUAUAACAGAGCAGAUAAGAGUUAUCGUUCACAAGGCGACACAAACUAUUCAUGCAAUAAAACUUAUAGAGAUGCAACACACUCGAAAAUGAAUAAUCCUUUUUUUGCGAAUGCGCCUGCUAAUCGCCAGUAUAACAAUAAACCAAAUGAGCGGCAAUAUAAAUACGGCGAUCAUGAUCGUUGCAGAGGAGAACGAAGGGACGACAAGUACCGAUAUCAUCCACAUCGUCACGUAUAACAUAUUGUUGGGCGCUUAGCAUAGUUUUAAGUUUCCUUAUUUUAAUUUUUGAAAAUAUUUUUUUGAAAAAUGGACAGAAUCGUGGCAAAAUGAGGAAGAAAUUGCAGUUUAUCUGAAAACGAUU